AUUUGUUUGUCUUUUUGGAGCAUCCAAUUUCACAUAAUUUUCAGGCUUUUGAUGGAGAAGUAACGAGCUUUCAAGGACGAUAACCCCUUUGGAUGCAUGAUCAGAGAUUAGGACGGAAACCCUACCUCAGUACAAUAAAUUACAAGCGUUCCAGCGUUGAUUAAUGCCUUAAUCUCCUUCCAGGUUGAGCGGUCAACAGAUCUGAAGCAAUUCAACUGUUAGGAGGGCGCCGUAAAAUAUUAGAAGGGUGAUAGAAGCAGUGCUAGUCACCUGGAUCGUCAAAACCCCAUUGUAGGGAGAGCACAUUGACAGCGCAUCAGCAGCCAUUGCUACCGCUCCUCCAACCAUCACAGGCGUGCAGAAAUCAGAGAUGGGGGUUUGAUCAUUAGGGUUUAGCUGCGCCCAACAAUAGCAAUUUCAUUUCCAGGUGCCAAAAUUCACAGAGCAUUAGACAUGUCACUAGUCACACCUGGGACGCCAGGAUUCAGGUCAUCUGCAGAAGAGAGCACACGACAGGGCAUUUAAAUCACUGCAUUGGAGCGCUAACGGCACAUUCAGAAGCCGGUUUUUCCGUUCCCUCCCAUGACCUCCCGUGAUCAGUUGCUACAGACCCACGAUCAGCUGCUUCAGUCACUAUGAACCUGAAGAAGUUCAGCUAAACUUGUCUGGUGUGAGAUAUUCAAGAUAUUAUUUCAUUCCUGGACUUGUUAUGACCCAUUGACCAUGAAAAAAGUAUGGUCUAGUUGAAUUUUCUGCAGAAGAAGGUGCAAUUGAGGUUUGUGACAUCUGCAGUUUCCCGGUAUUAUCUUUCCUAAAUCAAUUAUGUAUGGGAGAAAAGCUGUUAAACUUUUUCAAGAAUUGGCAUCCUGCGAAAAAGAUCAUCUUUCUCGGUUCAAUAGUGAUUUAACUGAGCAAGUGCUGGAGGAAUGUAGUGAACACCAUGUUCAGCUUGAAACUCGUAUGGGGAAAAUUCAAGAGGAAGGUCUAGAUGUGGAAACAACUCGAAAUGAAGAUCAUUUUGGUGCUGUUAUUCAUCACCUUGCUUUGAUUCGGAACAAGCGUUGUCUUAUGUCUUACAUGUACAACCGGGCACAAAUAAUUCAAAGCUUAAGAUGGAAGCUCGGAGCUGUAGUUCCACAGGAAAUUCAGGAGAAACUCAGCUAUUCUGAGAAGGAAUAUUUUAAAAAUUACUCAGAAAUAUUGGGAUCACAUAUGUCAGAUUUGGACCUUGACCUUACUGUGGAUAUGAUCCCCCCAAAAGAUCCUUAUAUCCGAGUUCGGGUUGUUGAUGAUAUCGGUGAAGUUUUGCUUGAUGACCAGUCAACAUCACUUGUACGUAAUUCAGUGCAUUUGAUGAAGCGGACUGAAGCAGAGGCCUUUGUUUCACAGGGCUCGAUGGAAGAAUUUAUUGAAUGAUGGAAAGAUCUUUGCUAGAAUGAUAUGAAAAACAUAGCUUCAUGUAGAGUUUAGUUUUCUGAUUCUUUCCAGCUUGGAAAUGCCUUGAGGAAUUGUUUACUUUGCCCCAAAAAGUGGCAUGGAGCUUCCUCUUGGGGAACCAAACAAAGCUGGUCAAAGCAAAUUAUUAAUGCCCUCACUGGAUCAAAUAUUUCAUGCCAUUUGUAAUACCCAAAAUACAGCCACGAUGUUCAUCUUGUUACAAAUGUUCAGUCACGAGAGGCAUCUUAUGUGAUGCAUUUAUCAUUUAAGAUAUUACAAACUACCCUCAAAUUCUGAAUGGAAUAUAGUAAAUGUGAACAUGGGAUAGCGAUUUGUAUUGUAUUCCAUGACAAGCUUAUUGCAAGCUCAAUUACUAAUUGUUAAAAUGGCCUUUAUCUCUUUGAUGCAUGUAAAAUAAGGACUCCUUUAGUGUUGGAAUCCACUUGUAAAUCACACAAUUCCAGUCAAUUUUAAUGCUUGUGGUUCUUGGUUUCCCUUGCUUCAGUAA